GCUGCCCGCACCGAGUGCGCCACGGCACCCCGAGCGCCCCGCAGACCGGCAAGUGGUCGUGGACGCCCAGCAAGCAGCCCGCAGCAUGGAUUCGGAUUCCGGGGAGCAGAGCGAGGGCGAGCUCGUGUCCGCCGCAGGUGUCUAACCAGAAGAACAGAAAUCAUUUUACCACAGAGCCGUUUGCACCAGAAGGUUUAUUGCAGCUCAAUUCAUAAUUGCCAAGUCUUGGAACCAACCCAAAUGCCUGUCAGCCCAUGAAUGCAUUAACAAAUUGUGGUCCUGAUGUUUUUAGUUCAAAGAGUCUUGCCCUCCAAGCCCAGAAGAAGAUUCUGAGCAAAAUAGCCAGCAAAACUGUGGCCAAUAUGUUGAUUGAUGACACCAGCAGCGAGAUCUUUGAUGAGCUCUACAAAGUCACCAAAGAGCACACCCACAACAAGAAGGAAGCCCACAAGAUCAUGAAAGACUUAAUCAAGGUGGCAAUCAAAAUUGGGAUCCUCUACCGGAACAACCAGUUCAGCCAGGAGGAGGUGGUUAUUGUGGAGAAGUUCCGAAAGAAGUUGAACCAGACCGCCAUGACCAUCGUCAGCUUCUAUGAGGUGGAAUACACCUUUGAUAGGAACGUGCUGUCCAAGCUCCUGCACGAGUGCAAGGACCUGGUGCAUGAACUGGUACAGCGACACCUGACGCCCAGGACCCACGGGCGCAUCAACCACGUCUUCAACCACUUUGCCGACCUGGAGUUCCUCUCCACCCUCUAUCGCCUAGAUGGAGACUGUCGGCCCAACCUCAAGAGGAUUUGUGAAGGAAUCAAUAAAUUACUAGAUGAGAAAGUCCUCUGAAUCUCUGAAUGCCUUCCCUCCUCCUGGACUUUGCUGCUUUAACAUUAUGGCACCCAACCACGGUCCGGGUGAGAAUCAUGUAGCUAAGCAGAAACCCUUGUUGACGAUGUCUGUGUUCUGUCCAUUCGUCCCUCUGAUGCUGAUACUGAACUAAGCUCAGGUGUGUUUAUCUUCUGAGCUCUCUGACCAGGUCUGUACUUAAAAUCACCUGUGUUUGCAAGUCCGAAAGGACAUUUCAUCUAUUCCAAGCAGAUAGGCUGCUUUGCUCAUCACUGAGUGAGCUCAGUUCAUCUCAAGGAGUAGCAGGAGCCCUGGACCACAUGGAUUUGGUUCCCAGCUCUGCUAGUUACACCUCUGUCCUCCGUGUCCUGGAACCACGAUGCCACCUGCCUACCUCACAGGGCUGUUGUGAGGACUGAAUGAGAUGAUGUAUGUUCAUGGUUUUGAGAACAUGAAUGUAAGGUCUUCAUAUUUUCUCUUCUGGGUGUGAGAGGUAUAAACCUGGAUCUAGACGAUUAACCAGCAGAGAAGAAAAGAACAAUAGAAUCUAUGGGCUGGGUUUGCAGUCUGCCUCUAAGUGUGCCGCUUCCAACAUGAUGAAAGCCAAAGUAUGGUUGCAAAUUGGAAAACUGGUUUCCAAGAGCUGUGUUUCUGAGUUCUUAGAUGUGCAGGUUCAUGACCCCGUGUAGGGAAACCUCUCACGGGGGCUGGGGAGAGAGUGUCCCACCCAUAACACAGAAGCAGAGAUGUUCUGUGCUCCUCCUGCAGGGCCAGCCUCCCCUCACCCAAGGGCACCGUCCACUGGGCAAGGGGAAUAAGCAUGUGAGUGGGGCAGAAUGGACCACCCCUGUCUGUCCUAGGCCUUUCAGUCAUUUUCUGCUGUUUUCUCUGGUUCAUUAAUAAAUUAAAAGUACCCUUCAAAAAAGCAGUCUUAGAGUUGUGAUUUAAAACAAAAUUCCUGGGCGGUGCCUGUGGCUCAAAGGAGUAGGGCGCUGGCCCCAUAUGCUGGAGGUGGCAGGUUCAAACCCAGCCCCGGCCAAAAACUGCAAAAAAUAAAAAUAAAAAAAUAAAAUAAAAUUCCUUUGAGUUUCAUACAGUAUUAAGAACAACAAGCUAGAAAAGAAGAAAAUGAAGAGUAAGAGGUGUACACCCAGUUUCCAGGGGAAGUAGCUCCAGGAAAGCACAGUGGGUAUUGUGAAUAGCUGGUGGGGCGCUAACCCACAGAACAGACCCCCAUCUCCAAAGGUCUCACAGUCCCAUCCUCACACUGCAGCUUCAGAGGUCUUUUCAUCCCAGUCUUAACCAACAGGACAAUGUAUUUAGUUCCUUACAACAUUGUGCCACUUUAAGAGACUUGGUCCCCCUGCCUCACC